UCUGCCUACAUUAGCAACAUGUGAUGCGAUGCUUCCUUUCCAGGGACCACCAGUGUGAUUCAACAUAUACGGACGCUGUGCGGAUUCAGCAAUGAAAUUGUCCAGCCCUUCACCAUAAGCACAGGCGAGGACACUGCAUACUCAGUAUCUCCCGACGCACACGUGCAGUGCCACCAAUGAUGCUGCGCCAGACACUUCAGAAAGUUGUGACUUUGGCGUCGCUGGUUGGAGUCUGGGGCCAGGACGACCUGGGCUUGGGCAAUGGCUUCCUCACCCUGAACACGACCAACUUCAGCGCCCGCAUAGUCCGCAAUGCCCAGGUUCUGGCCUCCCUCAAGCCGGCAGGCGAAGAGUUUGACUUUCUUCCGGCCGACUACCUGUCACGGCGGGCGCGCAAUGGCCAAUAUCACUGGGGAGACAUUACCUUUCGACACCGCCAGGCUGGCACUUCGGAUGCCUGGAUCAACGGCGACACUGCCGUAUCACGUCAACCUGUCACGGUUGUGAGCAGUACUAGCAGCAUUGACGAGGAUGGCAACAAAACCAAUGCUACGGUGCUCGCAGCAGCAGAUCUGUCAGCUACGCUCCCGAGCACUAUGCCCUUGUCCAUCACGCGCGAGUGGCUCGAGGUGGACGGCGACCUCGCCCUGCGCUUCACCCUCCGCAACCCGGCGGACAGUAACAACAACAACGCGGCCAUAGAAAUUGGCAGCCUCGGCUUCCCCGCCGAGUUCAACAGCAUUUUCACCGACCGCCACGCGGCCGACAUGCAGCGCCUGUGCUCCCUGUCGGACCCGUACAUUGGCAUGCACGCGGGCCAUAUCCGCGUGAGCCCGAUCCGCGGCUCCGGAAGCGCCCUGGUCGUCACGCCGCUCGCGGGGACUGACACGCCCAUGGAGGCGUACCGCAACCUGUACGAGGCGUGGUACGCCGACACGGGCUACGGCAGCCAGACGUUCGAGGGCUUCUACGAGUGGCAGGUGCUCAGCAAAGCGUGGGCCGAGAACGAGUGGGCGGCUAAUGGGGCAAAGCCGUGGAACGAGCCCUCGAGUCGGGUUCUCGAGGCCGGGGCCUCGCUUACUUUCGGGCUGCGCUUCUCGGUGGUCAAAGAUGGCGUCAGGGGUUUUGAUGCGGCGCUGAAAGAAGUGGGAGUGCCGGUCGCGCAGGGCGUCCCGGGGUACAUCGUCCCACAGGGCGAGCCGGCCGAGUUGCUGCUCCAGUACUCGGCGGGCGAAGUGACGAGUAUCGUCUCUACACCCCCCGGUGCCCUGGACACGGCGCGCACAUCCGACGGCGGCCGAUACACGGUCACGCCAUCAGCCAGCGCAUGGGGCCGCGCGCGGCUGACGGUGGCUUACGCAGACGGCAAGACGCAGACGGUGCACUACUACAUCACCAAGCCCGGGACGCAGGCCCUCGCGGACAUGGGCAGGUUCCUCACCACGGAGCAGUACUUCACCGACACGUCAGACCCGUUCGGCCGCGCCCCCUCGGUCAUCACGUACGACUACGAGGCCCGCUCGCUCGUCCUGCAAGACAGCCGGGCGUGGGUGGCCGGGCUGAGCGACGAGGGCGGCGCGGGGGCCUUUGUCGCGGCGUUCAUGAAGCAGGCCGUCCUGCCCGACGCCGACGAGGUCGGCAAGCUCGAGGCCUUUAUCGACCAGGUCAUCUGGAACAAGACGCUGCAGCUGGCGGACUACGCGGUGCGCAAGAGCACGUUCUACUACGACCCGGCCACGGGGUACCCGUACGACAAGAGCCUGGACUGGACGUCCUGGACGUCGUGGGACAGAACCGCCGCGUACGCCACCGACCGCGCGUACGACUACGUCCACGUCGCGGCCGCGUACUGGGCCAUGUACCGCGUCGCCAGGGCGUAUCCGGACCUGACCCCCUCUCACGGCUGGGAGUGGUACCUCGAGCACGCGCACGGGACGGUCAUGCGCGCCAUGGAGUGGGACGUCGGUUACAACCGUGUCGGGCUCAUGGGGGAGACUGUGUUUGGAGAGAUCCUGACGGACCUGCGCCGCGAGGGCGGCGAGGAGUGGUCUGGCCAGGCGGAUGGGCUGGAGGAGGCGAUGAGGUCUCGAGCGGUGCAGUGGGAUGGCGAGGAGGUGCCGUAUGGCAGCGAGAUGGCGUGGGACUCGACGGGCCAGGAGGGCGUGUAUUACUGGGCCAAGCACUUCAACUUGGCCAACACCGUGGACAAGACUAUCAACAGCGUGCUCGGAUUCAUGCCCACAGUUCCGCACUGGGGUUGGAACGGCAACGCCAGGAGAUACUGGGACAACUACUACGGAGGCAAACUGAGGCGCCUCGAGCGGCAGAUCCACCACUACGGCUCUGGCCUCAACGCACAGGUCCUGCUGGGCGCCUUCCGUAGCAACCCGCAGGAUUCGUACCUCCUCAGAGUAGGAUACGGUGGAAUCAGCGGUCCGAUGUCGAACAUCAAUGCGGAAGGGUUCGCGGCUGCCAGCUUCCACUCGUGGCCGGAUACGCUCAAAUGGGACGGAAUUAGCGGCGACUACGGCCCUGGCUUCCUCGGCCUCGCGCUGAACACGGGCACAUACAUCGCCCAAGACCCUUCUCUCGGCCUGGUCGCGUACGGAGGUACGUUGUCCGUCUCCAACGGCACGGCCACCGUCCGCACGACGGACCCGACCCGCCGCAAGGUCUUCGUCGGCCCGCUUGGUCUCUUGGUGUACACGGACGCGGGCAUCAUCAGCGAGGUGUCGUACCGCGUCGCGGAUGCAGCCGUCUCGGGCGUCACGGUUAGGUUGUCCCAGCUUCCUGGCGUGCCUGUGGCCAAGGCCGCGAAUGUGUGGGUGGAGCAGACUGCCGGGGCUGGGGAGUAUCAAGUGAGCUUGGGUUCUGGAGUUGCGGUGAGCAGAGGCGGUUGGAGGGUUGAGCUGGAUGGGACAGAGACUGUCGAUGUACAUGUUGUGCCGGCGUAAUCUUGGCCAUAAUUGUCUUGGUCGAAUGCCGGAUAGCCACGCGAGUUGGCUUAGGGUGGAAGGGCGACUCAAUUGAACUUAAGGAACUAUAAGCCCUGCAAAAUUGCAUUUGUGUUGAUUUCGCUGCAGCAGGUCGAACAGUUCCGUUUCUUAAACAGAAACCGUCGUG